AUGCCGCGGAGAAGCGUGCGGGAGGCCCCUCCCCCGCUCACCUUGGUUGGGAGCGAAAGGGGCGGGGGGCGACGAGGGGGGGCGGCCCCGCCCCCGCGAGGGGAGGGGAGGGGAGGGGAGCGCCGGGCGGGGUCUGGCGGAGGAAGGGGGCCGGGGCGGGGCGCGCCCGGGGGCUUACUCGCGAGUAGACCAGCGGCGGGGCUCACUCCGGAGUCGCGCCCGCCCUCCCUCCCUCCCUCCCUCGCGUCCAGUUCCGGGCUGGAGCGCAGUUCGAGCCCCGGGGCCGCCAUGGCCGAGCUGGGCAUCGACCAGUCCAAGCUGCCGGGCGUCAAGGAGGUUUGCCGGGACUUUGCCAUCCUAGAGGACCAUUCGUUGGCUCACAACCUGCAAGAACAGGAAAGUAAGUCCUGUCAGUCGAGCACCACUUGGCAACCAACAUUCAGCGCAACCGCCUGGUCCAGCAUGACUUGCAGAUGGCCAAGCAGCUGCAGGAAGUUCCUGAAGCUCAGCGUUUCAGGGCGCCACAAAAACAUAGAGCGGCAGGACUGCGAGAUCGCUCAGGAAAUCCAAGUCAAGCUGGUCAUUGAAGCAGAGCAGCGGCGGCGUCAGGAAGAGGAUGACGAGGAUAUCGCUCGGAUUCUGCAACAGAAGGAGCUGCAGGACGAGGAGAAGAAGAAGAGGAAGAAACCGCCCCUCCUGGCCGAGCCUUUGAGGCCCAGUCCUUAUGAAGAAGGCCGCUACCCAGACGGCAGAGAGGAACUGAGGCGCAGCCCCCAGGGGUGGGCCACUGAGCCAUCUAGGCCUCGGCAAUCCCAGCAGCCCAGAGACCACCGGAGGGGGCCUCCUCUUGGGCUGGAGGGGCUCGACCUGGAAGUCCUGGGGAGCUCUUCUGAAGUGACCAAGGCCAGAGAUGGCCAGAGGCGCAACAGGGAGAGGCGGGACAAGAAACCAGGCCACGGGGAGAAACCUUGGAGGCCCCCCCUGGACACGGAGGAAGAUGAAGAUGUCAGCCGGGGCCACAGUGGCAGCAGGGAAUACAGGGAGAGGAAGGCAGGCGGCCAGGAGGGAACUCGCACCUCCGCCCCCCUUAUUCUGGACGGGGAGGGAGACCACGCUGUCCGGGGCCACAGGGGGCGGAACGAGAGGCAGCCACGGAGCCGAGAGAGGCCCCCGAGAUCGCCCCCUCGCCUCCUGGACUGGGAAGCCGAGGAGCGCGGCAGGAGGCGGCAGGAGCACCGGGAGGGCCGCUCGCCCGGCUGGGAGAAGUCUCUGAGGCCGCCUGGUCUGGCUGCCGACACAGAAGACCGGAUUUUGGAACGGAGUGGCAGACAGAGCCAUUCGCCAAGCUCAGCCUACCACGGGCUCUCCCGGGAGGGCCCGCUGUCCCCGAGGGCCCCCCGUAACCCCCAAUUCCAGGACACAGAAGAGCCCCACCCUCGGCGAGACCACAGGAGGGAUGUGGAAAGAGAAGGGGAGAGAGCGGAUCGCAGGGCAAGGACGUCUCCCUCCUCGACUCAUAGGGAGUGCUGGGAAAUGGACCGAGGACACUAUCAGAUUCCAGUGACAAAAUCCAAGGGAACGAAAGAAACCGCGUACCACAAACCCCGCGUAGCCGCCCAGGACGUGGAGCUCUAUGAUGCCGAGAUGGCCCGGAAGAUGCAGGAGGAAGAGCUGUUGGCCAGCCAUGUGGACAAGAGAGCAGCUCAGGUGGCCCAGGAUGAGGAAAUCGCUCGUCUCCUGAUGGCGGAAGAGAAGGCGGCUUACAGGAAAGCCAAGGAGCGAGAGAAGUCCUCUUUGGAGAAAAGGAGGCCGGACCAAGACUGGAAGCACGAUACGCAUGAACUGGUGCGCCCGCGGUCCAGAGAAGGCCACGAAACACACCGACACAGGAAUGACAAACCGACACGGCCGCCGCCGCCUGCCUCGGAGGACCUGGGUCACCUGGCCAAUCUAGGCUCCAAGCCGGAAGCUUCUCAUAAAGGUUACCACUACAAGCAGUAGGCCAACUGGACUUAGCAACAACUGAUACUGACUGACUGUCUUCUGUAGCAGCUACGACUGGAAUACGUGUGGGGGGGUCUCUGGGGGCCUUUUCUCCGGGGGUCCUGGCAGCCAGGCGGCCUCCGUGCGCGGACAGUGCCUCUGUUUCUUCCGCCUGUGGGUCUCUUCCUCUCCCUUGGGGCUUCUCUCUCGGGGCCGGGCAGUGAAAUCUGGCUUCGAUGCAGCCCCCCUGCCCCCCUCCUUCCUAGCCAAGCAGAAUUUCUCGGGUUGCCUAAUUGGCGCUUGGACCUUUGUGGCAUCUUCCAGGGCCUCUCCUCUUUUGCUGGUCCCCAAAAGUUUCCUUUUGUUUCUGAACGUGUGUGUGUGUGAGAGAGAACAGGGCAGAGCAGGAACCGGCAGACGUUCCUUUGAGUGGAGUCGUGCGAUGGGGUCAGGUUGUGGGGGAGAAACAUGGGGUACCACCUCCCCUGAACGUGCUGAUUGGUUGCCUCUGGGGCAGGGUGGCCCCCAGCCCCUUUGCAACCCUCUCUGGGUCAGCUGAUGACCUCCGGGUUUUCAUGAUGGAACUGUUGUGGACAUUUUCCAUUUUGGGCUCAAGCACUGGGACUUCCCGUGUGUUUGCCAACAUGUAAAUUGUACCGGAGGAGCAGUGGAGGAAUCUCAACACAGUGAAGAAGAGUUGGAUUUAUAUCCCCCCUUUCUCUCCUGUAAGGAGACUCAAAGGGGCUUACAAUCUCCUUCCCCCCCCCCCCACCCCAAAACAAACACCC